AUGAAAGCCUGGUUUUGGGUUCUUGGCUGGUCUCUUUCCAUUCUGACUAUAACUGGAAAUGGAUUUAUAAUCUUCCUCAUUUGCAGUAAAAGGCAGCUUCGCACCAAAACGAACGCGUUCAUCGUUUCACUCGCAGUGGCAGACUUAAGUAUUGGAAGUAUGGCUAUUCCUACAUGGUUUACGUGCGAGAUGGUCAAUGGUUGCAAUAAUUUAUCCGCUCAAAUAAUCGAAUGGGCUGUGAGAAGCCUGUUUGCGUUCGCGUCCGUGUCGAAUCUUUGCAGUUUAGUCCUGGAUCGCUACAUUGCUGUUGUUAAACCUUUAAACUACUUGAUACUUAUGAGGCGUCGCCGCGUCAUCCUAAUGAUUCUCCUGGCUUGGAUAAUUCCUUCUGUUCUCAUAGCUGUUUCAACACUAAACAAUUUCCUUUUCAAUAACUUGCUUCUUUUCCAAAUUUUAACUUGUCUGUUUAUCAUUUUUGAGUCCCUUCCAAGUUUGAUGUUAAUAUUUUUCUUUGUAUCCAUGUUACAAGUUGUAUCUAAGCAUAACCGCGCCGCUCGUUCGUUAGCGAAACAAUUACGUUUUAACCAUCAGGUUUUUUUCAAAAGUCAGGAAAAAUCUGCGAUUAUAAUGAUGGGGAUCGUUAUAGGAGUGUUUCUUGUGUGUUACGGGAUUUAUUUUCGAUGUAGUUUUAUUCAUUUAUUCAAAUUUCAGCCGUCAUGCAAUGAUGACAACUACAAAAUCCCGAUAUUGGUGAUGAACUCUGCCAUCAACCCUUUGGCGUACUCUUUCUUUAAGAGAGAUAUUAACAAGGAAGCAAAAAGACGCCUUCGUUGUGUCAAUUUAACAAAGUCAAACGUGGUACGUCCUCAUGAUCAGAACAGUUUUUCAUUGGUCGCUAUGAAGAAUUAGUGUUAGUGAUUCAGUCGAGAACUUCUAUUUCACGAUUUUUUUUUUAAAAUCAGUGUAAAUGGCUAAGGAUCUGAGAGAAAAUGCGAAUAUGAACUCAUCAGUGGAUUUCAAGCCUCUCUUAUGCUGAACAUGACUAAGAGAAAUAUCCUUCGAUAUUUCUUUUCAAACAAUAAAGGAGCAAUAUCUUUAAAAUUGACUUGUCUAACAUUAGCUACACAAAAACAGACCAACACCUUGAAAAAAGGUUUGCAGGUUAAAAGUGAACUUAUAGGUCAAAAUAACUAUGUGCUUGUAAUUAAUCGUGUGAUAGAUCGUUUUACAGUUGCUAAGAUCGAUAGUCUACUUCACUGGUUAAUUAUGAACUUUUUUUAGCUCAUGAGAUACCAAUAUCAGGUUUCAAUCCAACAUUUUACUGAUUGUUUCAUUAUUUUGUGUAGUAAGGAGAAGCCAUUAAGUUGCCUGUCACAUUUACAGAUUAAUAGGCUGCAUCAUGGUCUAACAUCAAACUGAGUAGGCAAUCAUGACGUCAUUUGAAAUCGAUGGUUUAAAGAGCACUACAGCAAAUAGAUCGCAUGAUAGUAAUUUACAAGAAUUUUAGAGAUACACGAUAUGGUGAGAUUCUAUCCUAUUACGGUACCUAGUAAAAGAUAAACUACAGUCUAUUCUAGGAAAAAAGUCACUGUUUCCAUUUUACUCUAUAAUAUCUCAAACAUUUUGACAAAAUAAUGCAAAGUUUGAAGCAACAAUAAAGAUGCUUAAUUCUAAAGAUUUUGAAACUUCAGGUAAGGGUAAACUUGGAUCUUUGUAAUCAGUGGAAAAGAACUGAUCGACAUUCGCGCAGAAAAGUCCUUCAGAUGACCAUAAAAAUAUCAUUCCCGCUGGAAAAUCCAUUGACAGCGUUUUUCCCGUGACCAUUUUAUUCCGGAAAUUACCUUUUUAAUUUUCUUUGGCUAAUUUUUUUCUGCGAUGUACACCUGCAUUAUCUUUGUCACCGAAGAUACUCCAGAAUUUCGAAACAGUGUUACUCUAAGACCCAAGAUAUGUUUUCCCUCCACAAUAUUAGAAAACAGAACCAACGAUGACGCCAAAUAGAUUCAUCAGAUGAAUUUGAGGAUGUAACAAAUGUUUGUAGGAGAAAAGUUUAACAGCAUCAACACACAUGCGCGUAAUGAAGGCCCUUUUCUAUCCAAUUAAAGAAAGAAAAAAAUAAGAGUGAUAUCAGCUUCUUGAAAAGCUUCGUUUCUAACCUCGUUCCCAUGGUUUCCUUCCUUCUCGCUCCUAGGGGCGGGAAAAAGAUAAAUCUGGGACCAGGUUGCUCCGUUUCCGGUUCGCAGUAGUGUGGACGGUUAGCCUAACCGUGGAAAUAUUUUCGUGAUUUCAAAUUUAUUUGAUGUAUUUUGUAAGGUCUUGAAUGUUUAACAAUUGUGUUCUAUGUGUUAUUUAUGCAAGGAAUUUAUGCAGGAGUGAUAUGUUAAUGUUUUCAGCCGUAGGAAGUCCUGUGGGAUUCGUUUUGCUAAUUAAGAGAUUGUAAGUUAUGCAAAACCAUUCGAAGGCAUCACUUGCUCUUGCUUUUUUUCUGUGAUGCGUGCGACCUUUGAUGUAAAUUGUAGUGGUAUUUAUUCUUCUCAUUGUUAUAUCGUAGUCAAUGUAUUCUCACGGACAUAAAGAAACGAGAUGCUCCCCCCGGGAACAGUAUGUUCUGUUUACUGAAGGUUUCUUACAAAAUAUUUAAUACUCGUUUCAGAGUGAUUAAAGUAAAAGCGUAAUUUUUUUCUCGUUCGCUGGAGAGUGACAUUCACUCUUCUCGUUGAAAUCAUCCCUUUACACGUAAUUACGCUACUAUGGUAACCUCCUAUCUUGGAAAGAAGGAAAGAUGAUUGUUCACUGCAACCUCGUUCUCAGGAAGAGAGAGGACUGAGGGAACGAGGUUGAGGUUCUAAUUUUCUGGAAUUAAAUAUUCACUCGUUCUAACCUAAUAAACCUUGUGAUAAAAAAAAAAUUAAACAUUGAACAGUUUUAAAUUGACUUCCCAAAAAAGUAGUAAAGACCUGAUUUUGAAUUCUUGGCUGGUAUUUCUCUCAAAUGACCAAAGACGGAAACUGAUUCAGGAAGCUAAUUUAAAAAAGUUAUUCAAAUGAAGCAGCUUGUGGCUACUCUAUUCAAGCUUGUCAGACUGUCAUAGCAGCUUGCGACGCCGCUAAAAAUGAUCCUUGUCAAUUGUAUAAAUCUCUGCCUCUGUUACUGACGAACAAAUGGAUGUGAAUUAGGCCUAGAAAAGCUGUCUUUACAUGCCUGAACACUCGUUUGAACGUUCAAAGAUAAGAUUUUUGUGUUUGGGGAGAAGUGCAUAAAUGAAGGCUAUGAAUUUUUAAUCCUUUCCUACCCAUAAAUUGAACAACAGAUAGCUUUAAAACGAAUCAAUUAACGGGAUCUUUUAAAAAGUCUUAUUUUGCGCAGUGAAAAUUAUAAACAUGCUUGGUAAGUUCUUCCCAACAGCUGAUGGAUUCAUCAGUUUCGUAACCAGUGUACCUAACACAGGAUUUUAAAAAUAGUGCAUUGUGAACAGAUAACACUAAUUUUUAUAAGCUGUAGAUAACUAACCACCAAUGACAAUUGCAGCACGUUAAGUGCGGUAAUUUAUAUGCGCCGAAGCUUUAGAAGCGUCAGAUUUCUUCAGCUUACUUCUUGCAGAGCAAUUAGUAAGCCUUCGUCUAUGAUCGUAAAUGAAGACUUGCUUUUGGAUUCUUGGCUGGUCUCUUUCCAUCCUGGCUGUAACUGGAAAUGGAUUUAUCAUCUUCCUUGUUUGCGGAAAACGGAAGCUUCGCACCAAAACUAACGCGUUCAUCGUUUCACUCGCCGUGGCGGACUUCUGUCUUGGUAUGAGUGCUGUUCCUUCGCUGUUUGUGUGUGAGAUGGAAAAUGGCUGUAAAUUUUCAUCUACUUCGCUUGUAAUUGUUUGGGGAGCGAGGAACCUAUUCGCAUAUGCGUCCUGUGACCAACCUUUGCUGUUUAGUCCUGGAUCGCUACAUUGCUGUGGUAAAUCCUUUAAAAUACAUGACUUUUAUGAAGCGUCGCAGAGUCAUUCAGAUGGUUUCCUUAUCCUGGGCAGUUUCAUUCGCCUUUGUUACUGUUGUAACAAUAUACAAGCUUCUUCCUGAAGAUCAUUUAAUUCUGUUCCACUUUUCGCUUUGUUUAGUUAUGAUAACUGAGUUUUUUCCAAGUGUUAUGUUAAUAUUUUGCUUCGUAUCCAUGUUAAAAGUCGUGUUUAAACAUAUUCGAGCCGCUCGUUCUUUAGCGAAACAGUUACGCUUCAACCAUCGGGUUUUCUUCAAAACUCAGGAAAAGUCUGCCAUUAUAAUGAUGGGGAUUGUGAUAAGUUUGUUUCUGUUGUGUUACGGGAUACAUUUUCGAUGUAGCGUUAUUUUCCUUGUUAAGGGUAAAACAUCAUGCAAUGAUACUGAAUAUAAAAUUCCUGUUUUAGUGUUAAACUCCGCCAUCAAUCCUAUGGCAUACUCUUUCUUCAAGAGAGACAUUAACAAAGAGCUUAAGAGACGGCUUUGCUGUGAUAUUUUUUAACAGGGGCAUCGUAAGAUGUUAGUUUAAGUGACUGAGUAAGGAACUUUUAUUCUAGAGCAACUCUUUUAUUAUCAGCGUAAAUGGCUGAGGAGCAGCGAAGAGCAAAUUUAUUAUGAGCUCUCUCUGACUUAACUAAUGAAGCGAGUUGGCUUGCUAUCUCUUGAAGAGACUGAGAAGUAAAAAAAAGAAAAAGAAAGAAGGGCAUUGUUUCGAGAGGGUUCUUGAUGAAACCGCGACAGCGACGGAAAUGGGGACGUGGUGAAACAAACGAUUUCAAGAGGAAACUUUGCUCUUCACGUGCAUCUUCAAAACUUAAAGUCUGGCGCAGUUAAAGACGAUAAAAACAUCCAGCCAUUCGCAAACUACUUAAGAAAAGUACAAAUUCAUUCGUUAAACCGAAGUUUUCCGUGUUGCUGCUGUCGUCCUUACUUCUUCGUCGAUCCUCACAUCCCUACUGAGUCAAUUUGUUCAGCAGUAUUUCGCAAGGAUGAUCAGUUUCGUGUAUGGUUAAAUACGUCUUUUAAAGUUGUUCGAUUCGUAGUAAUGUAUCAUGCUAUGAUAAAGGAUUUAAAAUCCCUCUUUAAUGUUAGACCCUGCCAUCAAACCUUUGGUGUACUCUUUCUUCAAGAGAGACAUAAACAAGGAAAUGAAAAGGCGCCUUUGCUGUGUCACGUCAACAAAGCCAGACAUGUUUCAACCUUUUCACAAGAACUUUUUGAAGACAGUUGAAGUAGUUUUGUUUACACUUGAUAUUGGAAGGAAGCCUCGGAAAACAGUUAUAACGAGCUUUCAAGAGCGCAAAUGAGGCUCUUGGCUUUAAUUUUUCCAUGUCACCAAAGCUGGAACCUAUUCAUUAUCUGUCUGCUCUUGUUUGCAAAAAACGGUAAAUUUGAACCUUAAAAUGUCGCACAGUUAUUAAGAUAGACUUAAAUGUGCAAAAAGACGUCUUUUUUCAGCACUUUUAUUGGAAACACGAAGCUGAUUUUGCUUAAAUCUUCUUGAAUGAGUGACGUCAUCAGCCACUCUAUUAAAGGUCGUUGGCAGACUUCGAUGGCAGCUUGUAAAUAAAUAAUAAGUAAAUAAGUAAUAAAUUGGUUUUUGGAAACGAAUUAGGCUUAGAAUAGAAUGGAAUUAUGGUAAAACAUAUUAUUACGGAUUUCUGCUCGAACCCACGAAUUUGAAAUAACUUAGAGGUUUUCCUCCAAAUUUUUCACCUUUCAGAUGUCGACGGUCAUUUUCACUUUCUCACACAGAUCAAUGAUCUCCUCGGCCCAUCAUAGAAAUAGGAAAGGCUUGUCAACAUACAACUUUCAGAUAAUUUGCGAUCUCUUUUUGGCUCUGCAUCUCACACAACAACAACCAAGAUCGAAGCCGUGCGAAACAACAUACCCCUUGAGGGACCUGGUACGGGUUUGGCCAACCCAGCGUUCACUCUGACCCCCGUAUUAGGAAAGUCGCGCAUUAUUUGAAAUUUACUUGUCGAAAGAUAUUCUUGGCUCAUUCAGGCGAUCGUGGUAAGGAAAAAUUUCCAUGUUUUCUUAAUCAAAGGUUGGACCCCGCCCAUCAAAAAAACUCCAGUUUCCCUAUUCUAAUCUGAGGCAACACACAAACUCAUUUCACUUAGGGCCUGUUAUGAGAAUUACUGUUACUGAACUAAUGUGAAAUAUCGAAAUCACGAUCAUAUUGUAUUCUCCAGAAUUAAGCCUAAAUGUUAGUUGCUGAUAACAGAGUGUAUAGCCAUUGCAAAAUUUUGCUUUACUUUAAGAAAAGUUGCCCAGUCAUGCGUAGCAUGUUCAGAUGAUUCUGGCUCUUUUUAUACCGGUGUCGAGUGAUGGAGAUGUGAUGAAAGACUUGGUUAAAAUAUUUUGGUGGAUGUUUUUGAUACUUUUUGAUAAUACCAGGAGAGACCAUAAAUUUUUGGCGAGGAUUCUGCUGCAGCUACAAACCAGCCGCAGAUUGCCGGUAAAGAAUCCUCAGGGCCUCCCUACAUGAGCCUGGGCUGAAGUGCAUCCUGGUUGAAUCACCACCAACCCGGCAUACAUGUAACAGUCUAUACAAUAACAGACGGUUUGCCUCGGGGCUUUUCCACCGACUAAGUAUCGAAAACUUGGGCCACAUAAAAUAUCCCAAAGAUUUCCAAAGAAAAAGUUUAUAUAACGGGAUGGUAGUAGUUUAUGAUCUGGUAAAAGCGAAAAACCCUUAUUUAUUCAAAUUAGAAAAUGUAGCGGUCGUGUAAAGAGGCGCUCACCUGAGACCAAUCUUUAAGGUAAAAUAACUGUCGCUAGAUUUUUCACUGUUUUCGACAGAAUACCAGCUGAUGAAUAAGAUUCAAAGUGAGGCAAAUUUAAACAAUAAAGCACAACAUUUACCGAAUAAAAGAAAUUAGAAAGUAAGUAAAAUAGGAAAAUUUCAGGAGAAACCAUGACAUUUGUCAAAGCAAUUAUGCACAGCUACAAUUCAAGCCAUAAACUCUUCAAGCAAUAACGCUUGUAUCCUUUGUUGACACAAUGGUUUUGUUUACCCUUCAUAUUGUAGCAAAGCUCCAGAAAGCAGUUCUUAGAAGCCUUCGACAAGGAAAGUGACAGCUGGAAACCGAUUCACUGGGUCGGGGCUCUCUUUUGUAACGAACGGUAUAGUUCUUAACGCGCUCUUGCUGUUCAAAAUAUGUUAAUUUCUGGCAUUCUAAUGGAGAACACGGAGCUAUUUUAUUAUUUUAUUUUAUUAAAUAUUAUUAUUAUAUUAUUAUUUUAUUAAAUUAUUUUACUUAAGUAGCGUCACGCCUGAAAAGGAUCCUUCUCUCACUACGCUUACGAUGAAAGAAAUAGUUUUUGGAUAUGAAUAUUGGUUUAGAACAGCUCUGUAUAAUAGCAAAAAACUCGUUUGAAUGGUCAAAACUGGAAAUUUAUUGGGGGGGGGAGAAGGGAGAGGGAAGUGGAGGAGAGAAUCCCGUAUUGAUGAAAGCCAUGAUUUUUUUCAUUGUUUCCCACCUGCAUUUUGAAAAACAGAUGGCUUUGAAUCGAACCAAUUAGCGGAAUACAAGUCUAUGUUUUGCGCAAUGAGAUUGAUAAAAAUGGCCGUUAAGUUCUUCCCUACAACUGGUAAAUCCUUGGUCAUAGCCUGUGUACUUAACGACAAGGUUUCAAAAACUGUGUAUAGUUAGUAGACGACAUUACUUUUUGCAAGCGUCAGAUGGCCAGGUAUUUAUGAAGAUAGUUUGUUUAAGGGUUAUAUCUUAAUCAUUAAUUUUUUCUCCGAUGACAACUGCAGCACGUCAGGGAGGUAAUUUAAAUACGCCAAAGCCUUAGAGGCGGCAGAUGUCUAAGGUCUCCUUCGUGCUGAUCAACAAGCAAGGCAUCGUUUGUGAUCGUAAAAUCAUGAAAACUUGGUUUUGGAUUAUCAGUUGGUCCCUUACCAUCCUGGCCAUAACUGGAAAUGGAUUCAUCAUCUUCCUUGUUUGGAGCAAACGGCAGCUUCGCACCAAAACCAACGCGUUCAUCGUUUCCCUCGCCGUGGCGGACUUCUGUGUUGGGAUGAGCGCUGUUCCUUCGCAAUUUAUGUGUGAGAUGGAAAAUGGUUGUAAAUUGUCAUCUAAUUUGUAUUCAUUUGUAUGGGCAGCGAGGAGCCUGUUCGCAUAUGCGUCUGUGACCAACCUUUGCUGUUUAGUCCUGGAUCGCUACAUUGCUGUUGUAAAACCUUUAAAAUACUUGACAUUUAUGAAGCGUCGCCGAGUCAUUCAGAUGGUUUCCGCAUCCUGGGCAAUUUCCUUCGCCGUUGUUACUGUUCAUGCAAUGUACAAGUUCUUUUUCAGAGAGAAUUCAAUUCUCUUGGACUUUUCGAUUUGUUUAGUUUUUAUAACCGAGUUUUUCCCAUGUGUGAUGUUAAUUUUCUGCUUUGUAUCUAUGUUUAGGGUUGUCAUUAAGCAUAAUCGAGCCGCUCGCUCAUUGGCGAAACAGUUACGCUUUAACCAUCGGGUUUUCUUCAAAACUCACGAAAAGUCUGCCAUUAUAAUGAUGGGGAUUGUGAUAAGUUUGUUUCUUGUGUGUUACGGGAUAUAUAUUCGAUGUACUGUCAUUUUCUUGUAUCAUAGCAAAAACCUAUGUAAAGAUGUUUUCUAUAAAAUUCCUGUCUUAGUGCUAAACUCAGCAAUCAAUCCUCUGGCUUAUUCUUUUUUCAAGAGAGACAUUAACGAAGAGUUUAAAAGACGCCUUUGCUUCGCCGUUUUGAUAAGACGAUGA